AUGGCACCAAAAACUUCGGAGGUUGACCUCCUCAUCAUUGGUGCUGGCCCUGCAGGAUUGAUGGCUGCUGCUUGGGCAAGUCGCUGCAAGCUCAAAACAAAAAUUAUUGACGACAAAGAUACAAGAAUCAGGACUGGCCAAGCAGAUGGUCUGCAUUGUAGGACAUUGGAAAUCAUGGAUAGCUUUGGCAGUCCGAGCAUUGCUUACGAUAUUCUCGGACAAGCCUGUGUGAUCAAGGACAUCAGUUCAACCAAGGCUGACUUUUCUGCUCAGAAUCCCAAGGAAGGCUGCGAAGAGCAUAUUGAGCGGUGCGAGUCAGUGCGAUCUGGCGAGGAAGAUCUGCCUGGCAGUCGAUAUCCUCAAGUGAGUCUCAGUCAAGGCAGUGUCGAGCAAGCCUUUCUAAAUUUUCUUGAACGAGAUGGCGAUUCGGUGCGAGUUGAACGCAACUUGACUCCUAUGAAGCUUUAUGUUGAAGAAGCAUGCGUUGAUGAUCACGAUGCAUAUCCCAUCGAAACUCACCUACGAGAAUCAGGCAAGGAUGAACGAGCUGGCUCUCCUGAUUCUACGGCAUCUGAGAAGAUUGCAGCAGAGAUCGUGCGAGCAAAGUAUGUCCUGGGUACCGAUGGAGCACACAGCUGGACACGAAAAGCGUUGGGUCUACAAAUGGAAGGCGACAGAACCAACAAACACUUUGGUGUCAUGGAUUUCGUUCCACUCUCCAACUUCCCAGAUAUCAGAAUCUCCUGUGCGAUCCACUCUUCAUCAGGCAGUAUCAUGACCUUACCACGAGAGAAUGGACUGGUCAGAUUCUACGUCCAAUUAGGGGAGUCCGCUGCCAAGGGAGGCACCUUUGAUCGCGGCAAGAUAACCCCUGACGACAUCAUCGAGACUUCUCGCACAAUCCUCCAACCAUAUACCUUGGACUAUAGUCACUGUGACUGGUUUUCUGUCUACACGGUUGGUCAACGUCUAGCCCAAUCUUUCAGCCAUCUUGAUCGCGUCUUCCUCGCCGGUGAUGCCGUACACACGCAUUCUCCAACCAUGGGAGCCGGCAUGAAUGUCUCCAUGCAAGACAGCUACAACCUGAUCUGGAAAAUCUCCACCGCCAUUCGCACAGGAAACAGAGAGAUCCUCGCGACCUACAAUACCGAACGUAUGGCUACAGCCAAAGAACUCAUAGACAAAGACCGCGCAAUGUCUGAUUUCUACUGCGACGGACCUUCUGCAAACUCGAAACGGUAUCAAGAGUUCCGCGAAGCCUUUCGUGAUUUUGUUAGUGGUGUGGCUGUGGAAUAUAGUCCAAGCCUCUUGACAUGUCCUGUAAAUACCUCCAAUGGCUCUAUCGACCGCAAAGGCUCACCACAACGCCUGGAGAAAAUCUACUCCAAGCCUUCUCUCGCAAGCAACCUGAUUCUAGGCCAACGCAUACCCUCCUACCGCGUGACAAACCACUUCACGGCAGAAGCAGUCCACAUCCACACCACUCUAAAAAGCACCGGACAAUGGCGAAUCCUCCUCUUCCCGGGCGACCUCAGCAACUCCCUCAGAUUCUCUGCCUUCCAAAACCUCGGCCACAACCUCUCUGCCCCAUCCUCUUUCAUCCAUACUUGCACACCACCCUCUUCCCUGAUCGACUCCACAAUCUCAAUCCUGACCAUCCACACGAGCAACAGAAACUCCUUCUCAGCUCUAGACUUACCGAAUAUAUUCCAUCCAUGGAGUGACAGCAAAGGCCACGAUUACUGGAAAAUGUUUGCUAGAGACAAUGAAAGUAGAGAUGAUAUCUACAAGGCUUUUGGGAUCGACGAGGAAGUGGGAUGUCUGGUUGUUGUAAGGCCUGAUCAGCAUGUGGGCUAUAUUGGAGAAUUGGAGGAUCUAGAGAGUAUCAACUCAUUGCCUUUUAGGUUGCUUGAAAGGCCUAAUGAAAUCUAUAAUCCAGACAAGAGCGUAGUUCGAGAGCCAUUUGCUUUAGAAACACGCGAUGUCGAUAGACAAGCAUGA